CCCAACAACUCCCCCCGCCCCAAAAAUCUGAAACCUGCUUGCAAGAAGCUCCGUCUCUGUGCGGGGAGGGGGAAGAGGAGGCGGGCGAUAAUUGAAGCGGGAGGGUGGCGUUUCUGAGGAGAACCUUCCUGGGACCGUCGCGAGAUACUAUGGCGGCGCUGAAGUACGCGGGGCUGGACGACACCGACAGCGACGAGGAGCUGCCCCCCGGCUGGGAGGAGAGGACCACCAAGGAUGGCUGGGUCUACUAUGCCAAUCACCUGGAAGAAAGAACUCAGUGGGAUCAUCCGAAAUCUGGGAAACGGAAACGAGUUGCAGGAGAUUUGCCGUAUGGAUGGGAGCAAGAAACAGAUGAAAAUGGACAAGUCUACUUUGUUGACCACAUAAAUAAAAGGACAACAUACCUUGACCCAAGACUAGCAUUUACCGUAGAAGAUAAUCCAAUGAAACCCAAUGCCAAGCAGAAGUAUGAUGGAAACACCACUGCAAUGGAAAUCCUUCAGGGUCGUGAUAUGAGUGGAAAAGUGGUCAUAGUCACUGGAGCAAAUUCAGGAAUAGGCUUUGAAACAGCCAAGUCCUUUGCGCUACAUGGUGCACAUGUCAUCCUUGCCUGCCGAAAUACGUUAAGAGCUAAUGACGCUGUCCAACGCAUCAUGGAAGAAUGGCACAAAGCCAAAGUAGAAGCAAUAACCUUAGACCUUGCAUCUCUUCAAAGUGUACAGGAGUUUGUUGAAGCAUUCAAAUCCAAGCAUGUGUCUCUCCAUGUGCUGAUCUGCAAUGCUGCUACUUUUUUGGCUCCUUGGCAACUGACUGAAGAUGGUCUGGAGUCCACCUUCCAGGUUAAUCACUUGGGACACUUCUAUCUCAUUCAGCUUCUUGAAGAUGUCCUCCGUCGCUCAGUUCCUGCAAGAGUUGUGAUGGUUUCCUCAGAAUCACAUAGGUUCACGGAUAUUAAAGACAACUCAGGAAAACUUGACUUCAACUCGCUCUCUCCAUCAAAGAAGGAAUACUGGUCUAUGCUGGCCUACAACCGGUCUAAGUUGUGCAAUAUUCUUUUAUCCAAUGAGCUGAACCGCCGCCUUUCUCCCCAUGGGGUGACAUCAAAUGCAGUGCAUCCUGGAAAUAUGAUGUACACAUCCAUUCAUCACAACUGGUGGCUGUUUACCCUGCUGUUUACCUUGGCUCGCCCUUUCACUAAAUCCAUGCAACAAGGAGCGGCCACGACUGUCUACUGUGCUGUUGCCCCAGAACUGGAAGGCCUGGGAGGGAUGUACUUCAACAACUGCUGCCGUUGCCUGCCAUCGCAAGAGGCGCAGAAUGAAAUGACUGCAGCAGCCUUGUGGGAGCUCAGCGAGAAGCUGAUCCAAGAACGAAUUGGCAGGCAGGGCAAGUAGUGGGCAGCUCCUGGAAAGAUCAAAACCCAAGCAGAGAGAGAGAGAGAUGCUGGGGGGGGGGGGCUGCCAGUGCUGGAAUCUUUCCAAUCCUAUCAUCUAGAAGGUUACAAAUACAGAUUAGCUAGUGUUAAACGAAAUGAUAGCCAUCAUGACAUUGUGAAAAGCAUUAAAGACAGGAGGGAGAUGGCCAACAAGGCAGGGUUAUCAGACAAUAUAAUUUCCCCAGGCUUAGUUCUCUUUGAUUAUGUUCUGCCAUUUCUUUUUUAAUUAUGCUCUUUGCUCACAAUGUGUCCCAAAGUAAAGCCAGAAAACCAUUUCCCAUGCUGUUUUUCUUUUAAGCUGGGCAGCACAUUGCAUUUUUUAGGCAUGUGCCCCCUUCUCUCUUUUCAUCAUACACCUAGAAAAGUAGCAUGUGAACAUGCUCAGCUUGUGUUUCCUACAGGGAUGCCCUCACAAGGGAGUUGUCUUCUCCUUGCUGCAUGUACAGUUUGGCAGGCGAAGCAGGGGGCUGCCUCUCUGAAAUCAAAAUGGUGUUUGGGUUUCCCCCAUCCAUUUGCGAACAGCACCCAGCAAACUUUAUGGGAUUUGAGUUUGCAAUUAGGGCUUACUCUCCGAGGAGGGCAUCCCCUUUGCCAGUCUCACUUCUGGCUUGUUAACAUUUUGUAAAACAACCCAAAAUCUUAAAUAACCAAGAAAACUCCUUGGCUGCAAAUAAGAACUAGCUUGCCUAAAAAGAGAAGGUGCCCCAAAGUCCAGGUUGCUCCCCUUCUAAUUAAAUAUAUUGCAGAAUAUCCAUAAAAUAUGAUAUUAAAAGAUACAUUUGCAAACCAUUCUCUAAAUACUGUGGGGGGGUAAUGUCUCUUUAUAAACACACAGGGUGUGACCAACUGGAGGGACUGAAAAGUUUUUUCCAUCCAUAUCUCAGAUCAGAGUUUUAAGGAGGGUUGGAGGAUACCAACUAUUGCCAGUGUCUCAGUUCUCCCAGCACCAUGCUCUGUUCAGUAUUUCCCCCCCAAUUUAAAUGUAAUAAAAGAACAUGCUUGAAUAUUGUCACCUGAAGAGCAAGUCUGGUUCCUGUGAAUGUCUUUAGUUCCUUUUGCUUUUUUUUUUUUAAGAAAAGAAAACUUGAGGAAAAAUAAAGAACUCUUCAAUGCCAUGAAAAUGCCAUUUUUGUUCUUGUUUCGUUCCGAGUUCAUUUGUCUGUGGGGAUUUUUUAAAUUUUUCUUCUUUUUGUGCUUUGUAGCUUAUCUUCAUGCCAGAAAUUGUUGUAAGCCAUCUGCAACCCAGCAUCAGGUUUUCUGUAAACAAAUAAACACAAAAUGGUUACUU